AUGCCCGGACGUAAGGUUUUCAGAUAUACCCGUGAAGAAGUAGCUAAACAUAAUACGCCUUCUGACUUAUGGGUAAUUAGUAACAACAAAGUAUAUGACAUGACAGAGUUCGUUCUCGAUCAUCCCGGAGGUUCAGAGUUAAUUGAACAAUGGGGAGGUAAAGAUGUGACUAGCAUAAUGUCUGACCCUGAUCAGCAUGAGCAUACGCAGGUUGCAUACGAUGUUUUAGCAGAGUUAUGUAUAGGUGAAGUGAUAGAAUCAACUUCAAACGGCUUUGCUAGGACAAGCAUGUCGGAAGAGUCAGCCAACCAAGUAAUAACUACACCGAACCAAGUGAGAACAUCAGCAGCAAUGUCGACGACAACAACAAUUACUUCGAAUAAUGAUAGCAAUCAUAAUGGUUCGACAACAGUUGUCGAAGAAAGUAACGGACAAACAAACAAAUUAUUAAAUGAUGAAUUAGUGGUUGAUGAGGCAUUUAAACCAUCGGAAACCGACAUCAACUCGGAUUUACAAGAAGAAAAUUUUCUCGAUCUCAAUAAACCAUUAUUCUAUCAAAUGUUCAAUUGUAACUUUUCAAAGGAAUUCUAUCUUAGACAAAUACACAAACCACGUUUUCUUCCAUAUUCCGCACGAUUAUUUGAACAUCCUUCCUUGGAAAUGUUGACGAAAACUCCUUGGUAUUUGAUUCCGGCUUUAUGGCUCCCCGCUACCUAUUAUCAUAUAUACAUGGCAUCAGAAACCUUAGGCAACAAAAGCAUUACAGUCUUAUUUAUUAUCGGGAUGUUUAUUUGGACUUUGCUUGAGUAUACAUUGCAUCGAUUCGUUUUUCAUAUCGAUCGAUUAUUGCCUGAUCACCCCUACGCACUUUCGGUUCAUUUUGCUUUGCAUGGGAUCCAUCAUUAUUUGCCAAUGGACAGACUGCGCCUAGUAAUGCCACCAGUUCUUGGAUUCUGUAUCGCAGCUCCUAUUCUACGCCUAGGAUACAUGAUAUUUCCUGAAAACGUGACACAUGCACUAAUCGCCGGUGCAUUCUUUGGGUACAUUUGCUACGAUUUGACUCAUUACCAUCUUCAUCAUGCUCGGCCGUUUGGUCAUCACUUGCGAGAAAUGAAAUCGUAUCACUUGAAGCAUCAUUAUAAAAAUUAUGAAGCCGGAUACGGAAUCACGAGCAAGAUUUGGGAUCGCGUAUUUGGCACCGAGAUUCAGCUUGGUCCAAAUAAUGAUGAAUAA